AUGUAUAAGUUUUCUGCACCGACCUCACCAACUUUAUCAGCAAGAACCUCGAAUUCAAUAGCUCAUUCAACACGAACGGCCGAGCUGGUAUCUGAGCCAAUCGUUGCCCUUUCUCGUGCAGAUAUUCGAGCAUCUUUUGAAGCCUACGAACAAUUAUUGAGUUCUGCAAAAAUAUACCGAAACCAAAUGAUAGCGUUUGCGCAGGCUUCAGCUGGUUUUGGACAAGCACUGGAACGGAUGGCCCGUUGCAAGGGAGCGCUUGAUUCAGCAGGUCCGGCUUUACAGGCAGCGGCUGGCUUACACUAUUUAAUGUCAAACCAUCAACAAGUUUUGAGCGAUGCUUUUUACAAAAGAUUUGAGAUUCCGUUGUUGGAGAAUCUUGACGUUCACAAAGCAACCGUUCUCAU